CACCCACACAGCUCGGCAGUCUUGACAGCUCUUUGUAAACAAUAGAGAAUACGGAGGGCAAGUUUGAAGUUGUGCUGCAGGUUUUUUCCUGACUGCGCUGAGAAGGAGACGACAGGUGGCUGGGAAAGGCUGAUGAGAAAUGGAAACACUCAUCAUACUGAAUGGGACCUUCACCAAAUCUCAGUACAUCACCUCCAGGACGCUGAGACUGCAGAAAAAGAGAAGCGUUUUGUAGACAAUGUUCUGCAGAUGCCCAACUCUGUUCAGGAUACAAUGAAGCGCCUAGGCUCUAACACAGAGGAUCGCUCACGCAUCCCUGCUGCCCUUUCCUGUCUAAGUCCUACAGAAACAGGUGGAGAUGUGAGGUCUGAAUCCCAGCAGCAUAUUGAUGUCUUCCCUGCCAUCACUCCUUCCACCAAAAAGCAGCCUACAAUUAAGCACGGCCGAUCCAUCUCCAUAUCCGUGGUUCCGUGUUCGGGUGACAACCAACCUCACAUAUCUACUGAGGAAAUGGUAGAUGCCUUCUCGUCGGAGCUGAGCACCGCCUCCAGAAUUCGAUCUUCCAAGAUGGAAACAACCAAAAGUGCCCAUACACUGCCGCGGCAUUCCCGUAAGCUACUGCAGCUCCUGCCUAUUUCCAUUGGACCAACACGAAGCAAGAGUCAUGAGUCACAAGUGGUGAACUACACUGAAGAGCCUGCAAACCAAAAGGUCAAUAGGAAGAAGGCGCUGGCUUCUAUCCACCUCAAUGGAAAGAGUCUCGAUGGUUUAAAUCUACAUUCAUCCCCGGUGUCUGCCCCCACACACGGCCCUGUCCCUGCCUCAGCCCCAUACACGAUGACUGCCGCUCCCACAUCCCUGGACAACCUUGCAGUGCACAGGAGUUCACCUCAGACAGUGAAGCGAGAUAUUGGCUUGGCUGUUACGCACAGGUUUUCAACAAAAUCGUGGCUCUCACAGGUAUGCCAAGUGUGUGGCAAGAACAUGAUCUUUGGUGUGAAGUGUAAACACUGCAAAUUAAAGUGUCACAACAAAUGUACCAAAGAUGCUCCCUCUUGUCGGAUAUCAUUUCUCACAUUGCCAAAUAUGCGAAGGGCAGAAUCAGUGCCGUCUGAUAUCCAUAAUCGUAUUGAUCAAAAAGCCAAGCUCCCACUGCAGUUUGGCACAUUACCAAAGGCAAUAACCAAAAAGGAGCCUCCUGUCCAGCUGGACUCCAGUAGUAACCCAUCAUCAGCUACCUCCUCCACACCUUCCUCUCCAGCAUGUUGCCAGCAGAGUAACCCACCCAGUGUUGGUGCCACACCCCCACUCAACACGUCUCCACAAGGUUCCCUGGGCAACGACUUCCACUUCCCAGCAGAUGUUGCUGAUUCCAAAAAUUCCGAUAGUCAACAGUCUGACAGCUCCAAUGACUCUGGAGUAUCGCAGACAGCUAUUACUGAGACGCAAGUAAAAGCAGUUGAACAAGAACAGAGAGCAGAGGAGAAUCAUCCUGCUUGCCAAGUCAAGAGCUUCUCCAAUGAGGACUUUGAUGAAGAUGGGCUGGAAGACCUCCCCUCGUCUAUCUGUCGUCGUAGGACUGUUGGCCGCUGGAGGGGGCGCAUCGACCGUAAAGCCAGUCAGACCAGCGUUUACCUGCAGGAAUGGGACAUCCCAUAUGAGGAACUGCAACUCGGAGAGCUUGUAGGAAAGGGUCGUUGGGGGAAGGUGUUCAGGGGUCGCUGGCACGGUGAGGUAGCCAUUCGCCUUGUGGAGGUCGAUGGCAAUAACCAGGAGCACCUGAAGCUUUUUAAGAAGGAGGUGAUGAACUACAGGCAAACCAGACAUGAAAAUGUCAUCUUGUUCAUGGGGGCCUGCAUGGCCCCGCCCCACCUUGCUAUUGUCACCAGUUUCUGUAAAGGGGUGCCUUUAUACUCUUUUGUAAGAGAAAGAGGUCAUUUGUUGGAUAUAAAUAAUACCAGACAGAUUGCACAAGAAAUUGUAAAGGGAAUGGGCUAUCUGCAUGCAAAAGGCAUCAUUCACAAAGAUCUGAAGUCCAAGAAUGUUUUCUAUGACUCCAACAGAGUAGUUAUAACAGAUUUUGGUCUGUUUGGGAUGGCCGGUGUGGUAGAAGAAGGAAGAAGAAAGAGUGUGUUGAAAAUACCCCAAGGAUGGAUCAACUACCUGUCCCCAGAGAUUGUUCACGUGAUGAGCCCAGACGUUGCUGAGGACCAGCUGCCAUUCUCGAAAGCUGCCGAUGUUUAUGCUUUUGGUACAAUCUGGUAUGAGCUGCAUGCUAGAGAUUGGCCAAUCACCAACCAUCCCGUGGAAGCCAAAAUCUGGUUAGUGGGUAGCAAUGAGGGCAUGAAGAGGGUGCAGACAGAUGCCAACCUGGGCAAGGAAGUUAUGGAGAUCUUUUCUGCCUGCUGGUCAUUUGAAAUAGAUGACAGGCCGACCUUCACCCAGCUGGCGAGUAUGUUGGACAGGCUGCCGAAACUGAACCGCCGACUGUCCCACCCUGGACACUUCUAGAAAUCUCUUGAGUCAGUAUGAUAGAAAUUGGGGGUCCAACCAACAAUCAACUUCACUCACAGUGAUACACAAAAAGGAAGCUUGAAACGACAGCAAAUGAACCAACAUGACAAGAACUAGAUUGAUACGUAAAUCACUCGACGGAGUUCUUCACAGUAUCUAUCAGUAUCUAUCCACUGUGAUCUGCUUGGGAAAGGAGGGACAAUUAAGUACAAUACUUCAAGCUGAUUGGGUGAUGUGGCAAUCUGUGCAGCCUGUGCAGCCUAUCAAACUUUUGUUUUGACCAAUCACGACAGCAGAAACCCGAAUCAGGGAGUUAAAGAAGCACAACCUUCCAAAAAGAAAGUGUGAGUAACUCUGCAGAAACAGAAUUAAUCGCAGCAUCCAUGCAUUCGUCCACCGGUGUCACCAAUGUGGUUGGUUCGUUGGUUUUCCCGGGCUCAGCGCUUCUUGUUUUUGGCGCAGAAACUUAUGUUGACCCUAAAUACAUUUUUGCUUUGUGAUUGGUUCGGUCAUUCAGUUGUGCGAGCCUGGGACAAGAUGGAUUCUUGUGUUUUUGUAAACUCACAAAUACCGUGAGAAUUCAGCUUGUAAACAAGGUUAGAAAUUAACUGCCCAAAACAUGAUUUUGCAGAUUGAUGAAGUUGUUUUGCAAUGUAUCAGGAAUGUACAGGAAGUGACUUUGCUGUGACUGUUAAGUUUGUACUUUUCAGAAGUUACGUAAAUCUCCCUUUUAUGAUAUGGUCUGAUUUUUCUCUCUUCAUUUUGUGAUGUCCUAAUCCAUGUUCUCCUGCUGUACCUGAUCGCCAUGUUCAGGAUUUUAAAUCCCAAUAUUUCUCUUUAUUCUAUACGCCUCCGUUUAAAGCUGUUAUUAUGUUCAUGUAUAUACUCUCAUUUCCACUCCAAUGGUGGACCAUGGUAUCAUUAUCAUCGCUCAUCCUCCUCUCAGACAAUAAACAAUAAUACUGUACAUAGUAUUAGUAUGUAGUGUAUAUAAUAAUAAAUACUUUACUAUUAAUGUAUAAAGCACUGGGUGCUCACUUAUGUUUUUUAGAUCAUUCAAAUGUAACGGUUUGAUACUUAUUACGCAGUAAUGCAGUAAAUACCCUACAGCACAAACUUAGGCUGACUUUCUUACACAAGAGUUUGAAAGGUCUUUAAAGAUACCAAUCUAAAUGUCUAUUCCCUUGCUUUUGAAAACACAUCUGUAACACUGUGACAUACAAUCAAAUUAGCAGCAUUUAUUUAAAAUUAUUUCCAGAAGUCAAUUCAAUUUAACAUUUGACCAAUUCUGUAUUUUUAACACUUUAUAUGUGCGUGGUCACUCAUUUAUUUUCGUUUAUUUUUAAGAUCCCCUUGAAAGACAAAGUUUACAGGAGAAAAUAAGAUACCUUUCUAUAUUUCAACCAAUUCUCUUAUCCGGCUGACUGCUUCCUCCUCUACUUCACAACUAACUGUUUUUUACUGUAUACAUUGCCACCACUUCUCCCUGUAUUAAAAAGUUUCAUAGCACAGAGGCUGCUGUAUUCAGCUUAUUGGCUCUAGCUCCUCUUCAAUGUACGCCAGUGGUAACAAUAAAAUUGAUGGUUGUCAUAGUUUAUGAACAAAUGUAUAUACAGAGAUAAGAUGAAUUGCUGUUCAAAUGUUUUUAUUGUUCCAUUUUGUUUUUCAAAAUACCUUUAACGACACAUUAUGGGAUAUGAAUGUUUCAAUUGCUUGUAUGCCAAUGUGUCUGCAAUAUGCACAAUAUACACAAACCCUCACACUAAAUUGACAAAUAUAAUUAGGCAUUUUAGUGAUCAAUACAAUACAAUACAAUACAAUACAAUACAAUACAAUACAAUACAAUACAAUACAAUACAAUACAAUACAAUACAAUACAAUACAAUACAAUACACACGCACAAAAUAAAGUUAAAGUCCCAAUGAUCGUCACACACACAUCUGGGUGUGGUGAAAUUUGUCCUCUGCAUUUAACCCAUCCCCGUGUGAUUUUAAUCCAUCCCCUGGGGGAGAGGGGAGCAGUGAGCAGCAGCGGUGCCGCCCUCGGGAAUCAUUUGGUGAUCUAACCCCCCAAUUCCAACCCUUAAUGCUGAGUGCCAAGCAGGGAAGCAAUGGGUCCCAUUUUUAUAGUCUUUGGUAUGACCCGGCUGGGGUUUGAACCCACAACUUUCCAGUCCAAGGGAGGACACUCUACCACUAGUCCACUGAGCUAGCAAUCAGCAGUCAUCAAAAAGAGAGCGAGUUAAUCUAAAAAUUUAAGAAUAGGGGUAGGAAACCCUAGUCUUACAAGAGGCAUAUCCUGCCUGUUUUUCCAUCUCUCCCUGCUAACAAUAACUAUUUGUAUAAGAAACCUAAGUGGGCGCUCACCAAUAGCAUCAAUUUGUGGGGAAUUUCCAUCUCUCCCUACUAACAAUAAAUAUUUGUAUAAAUAAGAAACCAAAGUGGGCACUCGCCAAUAGCAUCGAUUUGUAAAGAAAUACGAAAAUGACCACAUUUAGACAGUUGUACACCUGACAGUGAUGAUUUGCUGAUGCUCGUAACUUUUUCAAAAAAUAUAUAUAUAACGGCAGGGGGGGUUGCUCAAGGCAUUGAGAUGACAAAUCUCCCUCGAAAUAAAACUUGAAAUCACC